AUGAUCGAUAAAAAGAAAAUUAAAGAAAUAUUUACGAAAUACCAAAAAGAAAAAGAUGCUAAAUAUACAUUAGUGGAAUUUCUUGAAUAUUUGGAAAAGUAUCAGCUAUUUCAAGCUUCUGACC